AUGGCUGCGACUCUCUCCUCUUCGGCAUCCGCCACCCUUCGCUCCCUCUCUAUCCCAGAGGGAAGCAGCCUCUCCACUUCCUCGCGGGCGGCAAUCCCUGGGUUCUCCGGCCUCAAGGCCCAGAAGGCUCUUUCCGCCUCUGCUCAAACAUGCACCUGCAUGACGUGCGCGAAAUGCGGUAACCGUCGCACAAGCGUCGUCGCCAUGGCGAGCGCCGACAACCAGUUCGCGAGCGUCUCCCAGUCCACCGCCGCUCCCGCCGCUCCUGCCGCCACCGCCCUCCUCCCCGCCAUCGUCGGCGCCGGCGCUCUGGGCGCCGCGACUUACGUCGCCGUGAAGAAGCUCACCGCGUCUCCCGCCGCCGCUCCCGCCGCACCCGCCCCCUCCUCUCCCGCGGUCACCAGCGUCCCGCCUAGCGGCAUCGUGCCCCGCGCGAAGCACGCGGCGGCGUCGGCGCUGUCGACGAUGGCGACGACGUUCCCGUCGGCGAUGCAGGAGGAGGCGUUCCUGAAGGCCGUGGCGGUGGAGCUGGCGAAGCUGGGGUUCCGCAAGGACAACGGCAUCGCGCUGGUGAACACGUGCCGCGACGAGGUGUGCCGGCCCGUGGUGAGCAUCAUCGACCGCGAGUUCGGGCUGAGCUUCAACAUCUCGGGGCUGGGCGGGCUCGUCAACUGCGGCAAGGUCGGCUUCGGAGCCGCCAUGAGCCACUCGCCCGAGUUCCCCUGCGACGUCGACGGCAACCUCAAGGAGCGAUACAUCUUCUUCGCGUUCCCGCACGUGUCCAUCGGCGAGUCGGGCGAGGUGGGUUCGCUGCUGCGUCGCGGUCGCGGUAAGGCGUCGAGCGCGUGCGGAGCGUUGAUCGCCAUCAACAACGACAUCAACAACGGCGUGGCGCCCAGCAUGGACAGCGACGACCCCGAGUACACGCUGCUGCGCAAGAAGAUCAUGGCUAAGGUGUCAGGCGGCAACAAGUCGCUGGUGGACGUGACGCGCGCGGCGUUGGCGGCGAUCAACGAGGACUUGGAGAAGCUCAUCAAGCUCACGGUGAACCCCGAGACGGCGGAUUACGCCGUCAUCACGGGCGUGCAGAUCCACUCGGGCGACCAGAUUCCCGGCCAGCCCUUCCGCAUCGAGCGCACCUGCGACUACAUCGCGCCCGACAAGAUGUACGCGGUGGUGCGCGGGCAGAAGUACGAGCUCAAGACGGCAGCCAGCCCUCCCACCCCCCCGUCCCCGCCACCUACCCCCCACAGUAGCAGCCGCGGGAGGGGAGAGGCAGGGCAGAGGGUGGUGCUCUGCUGGCGGGGUUCUCUGCUGGCGGGGUUCUCUGCUGGCGGGGUUCUCUGCUGGCAAGGUUCUCUGCUGGCGGGGUUCUCUGCUGGCGGGGUUCUCUGCUGGCGGGGUUCUCUGCUGGCGGGGUUCUCUGCUGGCGGGGUUCUCUGCUGGCGGGGUUCUCUGCUGGCGGGGUUCCUUGCUGGCGGGCAGGUGCUGCUGGCGCUGGCGGUCGCUGCUGACAUCCGCCCACCACCCCCGUCCCCAACUCCUGCCCCUUCAUGA